AUGCUACCAAGCCACAGUUGUAAAGGUUUCGUGGAUGCCCAGGGCAGGGUCUUCGUGGAUGGCCGCGAGUACCCCAUGGCAUCUGGCAUUGUCGCCACGGAGGACGUGAUCCAGACCAGGAUCAAGGCCAUGGCGCACACAAUCGCGAAGGACUACAAGUUGCUCGGCCACCGCGACGUUCGUCUGUCACCCAGCACGGCGGCCGCCGCGGAGGCGGCGGAGGCGCCGAUCAGCUACGACAACCCGCUCAUCAUCAUCUCCGUGCUCAAGGGCAGCUACAUCUUUACAUCCGACUUCAUCCGCUACCUUGGCGACUGCGGGCUGCCGCACGUUGUCGACUUCGUGCGCUUGGCCUCGUACAACUCGGGCACAAAGAGCACCGGCCAGAUCUCGAUGUUGGCAGGUCUCAAGUUCGAGAAUCUACGCGGCAAGCACGUACUGAUCGUCGAGGAUGUGUGCGACUCGGGGCGCACGCUCCACUUCCUGCGCGAUUACAUAAUGGAGAAGUUCCAGCCCAAGAGCAUCAAGACACUCGUGAUGGUGAACAAAGAACCGGCGGCGCGCAAGGUGGACUUCGAUCCGGAGUACUUCUGCCUUGCCGGCCCCAACAAGUACAUUGUCGGAUACGGGUUCGAGGUGAAUGAUCGCUACCGUGACUUGCGUCACAUCUUCAUCCUGCGGGACGGGGAGGCGACCCGCUACCCUAACAAGCUCUGA